GAUAGGCAUAGAUUCAAAUUAUUUGAGGUAAAAUAAAGUAUUAAAAUCCUAGAUAUGCAAGACAAACUUUUUAAUAGAAUGAGAAUAUAGAAAUAAGAGAAUAAAACUUUUAUGAUUUAGAAAACUCGAAAGAAUAAUAUGUUGCUGUAAUAUUCUCUUCAUCUUUCAUGAUAAUGCCUGACAGAUUGAGAGUUUUGAAAUUGCAAAACAAAGAUUGAGCAAAAGGUGAUCUAUUUUCUUUUUGUUGACCUUGGAACCUUAUAGAAACUACAAGAUAGUGAGCAUAGAAAAAAUUAAGCCUUACUUAAAAUACAUCACGACCAUUGAUUCGGAAGUAUGACUUUUGAAAAGGAUUUCGAAAUCAUGCUAAAAGAAG